CAGUGGAUAUAAAAAAAGUUUACACACAGGUUUUUUAUGAUGUUAAAAAAAUUAAACCAAGCUAAAUCAUGUCAGAUUUUUUUCCACGUUUAAUGCGAUAAAUCAACCAACAAAGUUUUAGGGGGAAAAAAGAAAAAGAAAAAACUUACAAUAACCUGGUUGCAUGAGUGUACACGCCCUUUUAUAAUGGGUAAGUAAUUAUCAUACAGCUGUCGUCAAUUACGUGAAUCUGAAUCCCCAAAUAAAGAUCAGCUGUUUCUGUACCAUUUUCCUGACCUUACUGGUUGCAUCCUACUGCUAAAGCUUUGUUGAUUUACAUGCCAUAGUCUUUGCUAUUUUGUGUGCACUGACCAAGUUUGUUAUUAUUUUUACACCCUGGACAAUAAAGGUCUGCGUUGCCUCUGAGAAUCCCUAACAGCAAUCUGAUAGCAUUUUUGUAAGGAAGAGUGGAAUUAAAUUAAUAAAUAAAGAUGUUCUAAGUUGGUAGACUCUUCAAAAUCACUGAGUGCUGUAUUACAAGAAAAGGUGCUUUAGUUAAGAGGUGUGUAUAAUUUUGCAACCAGUUUAUUGAUUUUUUUCUUUUUCUUGAUAGAGCAUCACCACCACCAUGAUGCAAUCUACCACCAACACAAUGUCAUCUACCACCACUGAGAUGCCAUCUACCACCACCGAUCCAGUGGCAUCUAACACCACCACAAUGGUAUACACCACCACCGCAAUGCCAUCUACCACCACUGCUACAAUAACAUCUACCAUUAUCACCACCGCAAUGCCAUCUACCACCACUGCUGCAAUGCCAUCUACUACCACCAAUACAGUGCCAUCUACCUCCAGUGCUACAAUACCAUCUACCAUUAUCACCACCGCAAUGCCAUCUACCACCACUGCUGCAAUGCCAUCUACCAUUAUCACCACAACAAUGCCAUCUACCACCACUGCUACAAUAACAUCUACCAUUAUCACCACCGCAAUGCCAUCUACCACCACUGCUGCAAUGCCAUCUACCACCACCAAUACAGUGCCAUCUACCACCAGUGCUACAAUACCAUCUACCACUACUGUGACAAUACCAUUUACCACUACCACUGCAAUGCCAUCUACCACCACUGCUACAAUACCAUCUACCACUACCACCACAGCAAUGCCAUCAACCUCACUGCUGCAAUGCCCUCUACCACCACCACUGCAAUGUCAACUACCACCACGGCUGUGAUGCCAUCUACAACCACCAAUACAGUGCCAUCUACCACCACUGCUACAAUACCAUCUUCCACUACUGCUACAAUACCAUCUACCACUACCACUGCAAUGUCAUCUACCAUCACUGCUACAAUACCAUCUACCACCACCACAAUGCCAUCUACCACCACUGCUGCAAUGUCAUCUACCACCACCACUGUGAUGCCGUCUACCACCACCAAUACAGUGCCAUCUACCACCACUGCUACAAUACCAUCUACCACCACUGCUACAAUACCAUCUACCACCACUGCUGCAAUACCAUCUACCACCACCACCACUGCAAUGUCAUCUACCACCACCACUGUGAUGCCAUCCACCACCACUGCUACAAUACCAUCUACCAUUACUGCUACAAUACCAUCUACCACUACCACCACCACAAUGCCAUCUAACACCACCACAAUGCCAUCUACCACCACUGCUACAAUGCCAUCUACCACCACUGCUACAAUGCCACCUACCACCACUGCUACAAUGCCACCUACCACCACUGCUGCAAUGCCAUCUACCACCAUCACUCUGAUGCCAUCUACCACCACCAAUACAGUGCCAUCUACCACCACCACAAUGCCAUCUACCACCACUGCUACAAUGUCAUCUACCACCACCACAAUGCCAUCUACCACCACCCCCACAAGGCCAUCUACCACCACCACCACCACAACGCUAUCUACCAGCACCACCACCACCACCACCAAGAUGCCAGUUUACAGCACCACAUCAAUCCCCAACAGUACCAAAAGCAGUUCAGAAGUGAAAGCUAUUCUAAUAUGCUGUGUUCUUUUUUAUCUGCCAUGGAACUGAACAUGAUUAUACAUGAUAUAGUCAUGUAUUAAGCAGCCUCACAAACACUAAAUCCAGUGAAAAACUGCUCAUAGGAUUUUAUACCUGAUUAAUGUUAAAAUUUUUUUCUUAAGUAUGAACCAAGCAGGUGCUGAUAUCGUCACAACUGCAGACAGAAAGUUUGUCAUUUUGAUUUGUAAGGUCAAAAUUGAAUAUAAAAAUAUUCUGUAAUGUGUAGUAGUGAGGCAUCAGCGCUGUAUGAUUUUAGAAUUGAUUUAUUUUUCUUUCUUGCACAUAAAUGGCUAUUUAGGAAAUAUUCUUCAAGAAAUUAAUUAAGUACUUAUAUGCUUAAAUAUAUGCUGUUUUAUGACAGACUGCACAUGUU